AUGUCGGGAACGCUGAUUGGUCAGGAGCUGGAGCCUUCUCUGCUCGUAGACGUGGAGCUGCACUCGCCGCGUGAUCCGGAUCUUCAUGCGAGUCAGCAUGCGCAUCAGCAGCAGCUGGGCGGGAAAAUGGAGUACAAUUACCUCCAGGCACGUUUCGCGGAACCGAGCCUUUAUCGGGUGAAGGUGUACCGCCUGAACGACGACGGCAAGUGGGACGACAAGGGCACGGGCCACGUGUCCGUCGAGUAUCUCGAGCGGUCGGACGCGAUAGGGCUGGUGGUGAUCGACGAGGAGGACAACGCCACGCUGCUCGUGCACCGCAUCUCCACCGACGACAUCUACCAGCGCCAGGAAGACACCAUCAUCUCGUGGACGGACCCCGAGGUGGCGACGGACCUGGCGCUCAGCUUCCAGGAGAGCAUGGGCUGUGCUUAUAUCUGGGAUCAAAUCUGCAACGUGCAGCGCCAGAUCCAGCUGCCCUCCGUCCUCGCAACGGAGGUGGCAAAAGACUCAUCGGAGCUGCCAGCAGUGGAGACCCGCACACUGCCAGCCAUCGCUAAGCUGGUGACGGACGUGUCCCCCUUCCACCGGGACCGAAUGGCGUCCCUCAUCCUCCGCGAGGGCUACGUGCAGCGGCUGGUGGCGCUGUUCAGGGCGAGUGAGGGCGCCCAUGACACCCCCGCGCUGCACCACCUCUACCGCGUCUUUAAAGGCCUCGUGCUGUUGAACGACUCACAGCUGUUGGAGCAGCUGUUUGCACCGGAUGCCAUCAUGGACGUCAUUGGCGCACUCGAGUACGACCCGGACGUGGCGAGCAGGCAGCAGCACCGUGCGAGUGUGCAGCAGCAGGCGGUGUACCGCGAGGCGCUGCCCAUCCCCAGCACCGCCCUGCUCGCCAAGAUCCACCAGACGUACCGCCUCGGGUACAUCAAGGAUGUGAUUCUACCGAGGGCCCUGGACGACCAGACGUUCAGCAGCAUCAACUCGCUCAUUCUCUUCAACAACGUCGAGGUGGUGACGACGCUGCACGGCAACAAGCCCUUUCUGGGCGACCUCUUUGCGCGCCUGCGCGCCUCUGACCCCCACUCGCCCCAAUUCACCGACCUCGUGCGGUUUCUGCAGGAGUUCUGCGCGCUGCACAAGCACCUGCAGCUCGCCCAGCGCACCUCCUUCUUCAGUGCGCUGAUAGCGCUGGGCCUCUUUGACGUGUGUACGCUCGUCAUGCAGCACCCUCUGCACUCUGUUCGCCUCUCUGGAAUCGACAUACUCAUGUCGCUCAUGGUGCCAGACCCCGCCCCGCUACGCACGUUCCUCGUGGAGCAACCCAACCACGCCCUCCUCUCCUGCCUCGUGCGCGGCAUGGUGGCGUGCAGGCAGGCGGAAGGAGGCCUGCACGCACAGCUGCUGGAGAUGCUGAGAGUGCUGCUGGACCCUGAUACCAUGGACGCGGCCGACAAGAGCAAGUUUCUUGAUCUCUUCUACGAGGACUACCUUCAGCUGCUCAUCUCAGCCGUUGUUGCCGGCACCAGCGCAUCUCAGCCGUCCACGUUCCCAGCUGCUGCCCGAAAUUCCACCGGGGCUAUGAAGAAGAGGCGGGCAGCUCAGGGGAGGGCAGAUGGUGGGGGGAGCGGGAGAGUAGACAGAGAAGCGGGGAGGGGAGCAGGAGGCAGGGGUGAUAAUGCAGAACCUGCAGAGAGGGAUGGAACACAAGGACGCCAAGCAGAGAGGGAUGGAGCACAAGGACGCCAAGCAGAGAGGGAUGGAGCACAAGGACGCCAAGCAGAGAGGGAUGGAGCACAAGGACGCCAAGCAGAGAGGGAUGGAGCACAAGGACGCCAAGCAGAGAGGGAUGGAGCACAAGGACGCCAAGCAGAGAGGGAUGGAGCACAAGGACGCCAAGCAGAGAGGGAUGGAGCACAAGGACGCCAAGCAGAGAGGGAUGGAGCACAAGGACGCCAAGCAGAGAGAGGGGGGGCGAGGGGGGGUGGAGAGCAGGGGGGUGCAGAGGGCGAGGAGAGGCGGGGGCAAGAGCGGGGUGGUGGAGGGGGUUCCGAGGAGGCGCCAUCACCGGACGUGCUGACAAGCAUCUGUGACCUGCUCUGCUUCUGCGUGCAACACCACAGCUUCCGCAUGAAGUACUACGUGUUGCGCAACAGUGUGGCGGAGAAGGUGCUGCGGCUGACGCAGCGGCGGGAGAAGUACCUCUCUGUGGCCGCCAUCCGCUUCCUGCGCUGCUGUGUCGCGCUCAAGGACGACUUCUACGUGCGCUAUCUGGUGAAGAACCGUCUGCUGGACCCGGUAAUGGCGGCCUUCCGCGUCAACGGGGCGCGCUACAACCUCCUCAACUCCGCCGUGCUUGAACUCAUUGACUUCGUGCGCAAGGAGAACGUGAGGCCGCUGGUGGCGUACAUAGUGGAGUCGUACGGCUCGUGGCUUGACUGCAUUGACUACGUUGACUCCUUCAAGCUGCUCCGACUCAAAUACGAACAGAAUCUCGAGUCCAACAGACCAGCUGUGCCUCCCCCUGUCGUCAUUCUCCCCCCUUCCACCUCCCACCACCACCACCACCACCAUCAUCACCACCCGCACCAGCACCACCAUCAGCAGCAGCAGCAGCAUCCGCUCUCCUCUCCCCCCGCAUCUCCUCCCCUUCCCACUGCUGCAACUGCAGGCAUGGAAAGACAUGACAAUGACGCUGCGAAUGACGCCGCCACCGAUACACGUGCGCGGGCCAAUGUUGAUGCUCAUGCUGCUCCUUAUAGUGAUGCGGAUGAUGCUACUGAUGCCGCUGAUGCUGAAACCAGAGAUGCUGCUGGUCACGUUGAUAAUACUAACAAUGAUGCUGCUGAUGGUGGUGAUGAUGAUGGUGAGGAGGAGGAGGAAGAGGAGGAUGAGGAUGAGGAUGAGGAGGAGGAGGAUGUGGAAGCUGAAGGCGAGGGUGGUAGCAAUGACGAAACUAACGAUGCCGACGCUAAUGGCGGUGAAACCAAGGACGCUGAUGCUAACAGUAGGAACGUUCAGAGGCUUCCGAACCUCUCUGGUUCAGCAGCAGGCUCGGCACUGGGUGUUGUGCCGGUGGGAACUUGCCUUGCUGCCGUGCAUCCUCUUUCCCUGUGCUCUUUCUUCACCAUCGCAAUCACUCUUCCUUUGUCUGACCGUCACCCACAUGCCUCUCCGCCGUUUCUCCCUUCUGCUGCCAACCCCACCGCCACCAGUGAUGAGGAUGCUGACAACCCCGAGAAACGGCCGCGUGGGUGCAUGGACUCCUGUGCACCACAGGCAGAAGCCGGUGCGGAUGGGAGGGGGGAGAGUGGCCGUGAGCAGGGAGGGGAAAGCAGCGGAGUGGCAGCAGAGGGAGGGGAGCCGGGGCCUAGCAGCAAGGCACUUGGUAGAAAACGCAGGUCUAUCGAGGGGAGGGGCGUGGAUGAGGGCGAGGAAGCAGGAGGGGGUACAAGGAAGGAGAGGAGGCAGUUGAGUGUGGUGGUGGGGGAAGGGGACGGGGAGGGCGCUGGGGAGGACCAAGGGGAUUAUGGGGAUGGCAGUCCCAAGGGGGCUAGUCCCAAGGGUGACAGUCCCAAGAGCGGCAGUCCCAAGGCCGGCAGUCCCAAGGCCGGCAGCCCUAAGGCCGGCAGUCCCAAGGGGGCUAUUCCCAAGGGUGGCAGUCCCAAGGGCGGCAGUCCCAAGGGUGGCAGUCCCAAGGGUGACGGGAGGGUGGGAGGUGUGCGAAGCUUUGGGGAUGCAAGCAAGAAAGCACUGUGCAUGAGGAAACGGUUCCUGCAGGUGCGCACUCAGGAUAACACCACUGCGGUGCCUCUGGGGGAGGUGGCUCCUGGGGGAGGGCCGCCCAAGGGAAGCGGAGGGGCGCAGGGAAGGGAGGAGCCGACUCUUGGUGUGUGCUCCCCUCGCCCUGUGCUCUGUGACCCGUGGCGGAGCGCGAGGGGGAAGGGGCGAGAGCGGGCAGGGAGUGCGGAGGGAGGAGAGGGCGAUGGUGCUGAUGGUGGUGGUGAUGAUGGUGAGUGGGCUGUGAGACUGGCUAUGGCUGAGGAGGAGGAGGAGAGGAGGCAGGCAGACGGGGCUGAUGGGGAUGGCAACAAGGGUGGAGGGAGUGAGGGAGCGAGGGGAGGUGGAGGUGUGGAGGGCGAGUGUGCAGGCAGUGAGGUAGCAUGUGGGGAUAGCGAUGUGGGGGGAAAGGGUGGUAGAGAUGCAGAGGAAGGAGGGGAUGACAUGGAUGGGGCUGGAAAGGGGGAGUUAGAGGGCCAGGAGGAGGAGAAAGCACAUGGGGAGAAUGCAGGCAGUGGUGCAAUGAGCCUUGGAGAUGAGGCAGGAGGGGCAGAUGCACGGACAGCAGCAGCGGGAGGUGCACAAGGUGCAGCAAGGUCGGUGUUUGAGGCAUUGAGGUAG